AUGGCUCCAGAUGAAAUUCUUGGCGACGACGACCUUUCGCCUUUCAAGUCCCACAAAGAUGUUCUUACCAUGCCACGGACGGUAGGAAGCAUGGCUUGGGAUGGCCAUAGUCUACGUAUAUCACAAUACACGUAUGAACUGGCUAGUGAUGAUAUCGAGGAGAUCCAGGAAGCUUUGGAGGUUUUCAAAGGUCACGGACUUGAUGGACCCGACAUCAGUCCUACCAACUUUCCGCUUCCGACCUUCGGCAAGAAAUUGGAGGGAUUCGCACGGAGAGUUCACUCGGGGCUCGGCUUCGUCGUUCUCUCUGGGCUCGAUCCACAGAAAUAUUCUGUGGCGGCCAAUGCGACCAUCUUGCUAGGAAUAUCCUCUUGUAUCGGCGAGGAACGAGGGAUGCAGGACAACAAAGGCAACAUGAUAGGUGCUUUACUUCUUGCCAACCUGUAA